CUCUCCAUCACACUUAAUUAGCAGCUAUGCCACUGCUCUUAUCAGAUUCUAACAUGUCAGCUUCAACUUGGAAUUGAACAAAAAUAUUGCUUUCCCUCGGUUCCGUUCUUAGAAUGGGAGUAGAUUGCCCUAGGGACCCUGUGGAAUAAGAACCCUGAACCUUCUGGGGGAGUUUGAAAAAAGCCAGCUCCAGUCCUGCAGGUACCUUUCAUCAUGACAAAGCUUUGAGAUCUCAGGAAUGAAUGUUGCAUGUAGCAGGACUGAAAAACCAGCUGUGGUCCAAGAUACCAUUCAUCACCACAAGCAGAGUUGCUGCUUCUUCUCUGACAGCAAGAGGCUGCAGCCAAAGAAGAAGAAACAUUUAGAAGCAGGUCUGAUCUCAAGUCUCCAGCCCAUUGCAACUGAUACAACUUGGUCGGGGAGCAAGAACCAGGGUCAAGCUGUACCAUGGAAGGUAGUACUUUCCUUCCUUCCAACACCAGUUUACCCUAUUCCAAGAAUGAAAGCAGCAGCCAUGUGUUCAAGGACAACUACACUUUUUCAUCUUACUACCAACAUUCCUCCCCCAUCGCUGCUAUGUUCAUCCUAGCCUAUAUCUUCAUUUUCCUCAUGUGCAUGAUUGGCAACAUGCUGGUGUGCUUCAUUGUGCUGAAGAAUCGGCAGAUGCGAACCGUCACCAACAUGUUCAUCCUCAACUUGGCCAUCAGUGACCUGCUGGUGGGGAUCUUUUGUAUGCCAACCACCCUAGUGGACAACCUCAUCACAGGUUGGCCAUUUAACAACACCAUGUGUAAAAUGAGCGGACUGGUGCAAGGGAUGUCUGUUUCAGCUUCAGUUUUCACGCUGGUGGCUAUUGCUGUGGAAAGGUUCCGAUGUAUCGUUUACCCCUUUAGACAGAAACUCACCCUGAGGAAAGCCCUGAUCACCAUUGUAAUCAUUUGGGUCUUGGCUUUAAUAAUCAUGUGUCCCUCAGCAGUCACCUUGACUGUCACCAAAGAGGAAUAUCACUUCAUGGUGGAUGCUUACAACAACUCCUACCCACUCUACUCCUGCUGGGAGGCAUGGCCUGACAAGGGGAUGCGAAAGAUCUAUACAACUGUACUCUUUUCUCACAUUUACCUGGCUCCACUCACCUUAAUUGUCAUCAUGUAUGCCCGGAUUGCUUUCAAACUUUUUAAGUCCUCUGCACCCAUCCGGGGCUCCCAGUCAGAGGAAAAUGAGGGGAGAAGAGUCUCCAAGAGGAAAGUCAAGAUAAUCAACAUGUUAAUCAUAGUGGCAUUGUUUUUUACCCUCUCCUGGUUGCCUCUGUGGACUUUAAUGCUGCUGACAGAUUAUGGAAACCUAACAGAGUACCAGCUCAACCUGAUUACAGUUUAUAUUUUCCCAUUUGCCCAUUGGCUGGCAUUCUUCAACAGCAGCAUCAACCCAAUCAUCUAUGGGUAUUUCAACGAGAACUUCCGAAGAGGGUUCCAGGAGGCUUUCAAGGUCCAACUCUGCUCCAUGGAAAGAGAACAUAAGGGCACCUAUUCUGAGAGGAACAAUAAUGGAUUCCUUUUUGGCAUACGCAAUCGAAUCUUUGUUGAAGUGCAAGGCAGUGAUUCAGUGCAACCAUCUGAGUCUGGACAAAGUAACCCCCCCAAAACUGGGUUAUUUCCAUUGAAGAAUGGGCGGGUUGCUCACCAUGGGCUGUUGGUUGAGGAUUUGGACAGUAAAGGUUCUUCUCACAACUGUGUCAGCAUCCCAGCUUGGGAUAUCUAAUACUGCAUACACGAUACCAGUGUUUGAUAGAUCUUGCCCA